CGGGUGCGUGUCUGCGGCUUAGUGUAAAUCGCUGUAAUCACAAAGGAAGCUACCGAAACGGAAAACCAACAAAACAAAGCCGAUAUUCUCGAGGAACAAAAAUAAAAGAGACAUUUGAAAAAAGAAAAACGGAGACAACAAGAACUGUAAUAAAUCGGUAUUCAACCAAAAAGUAACAAUUUUCCAACUGACAAGUGUUAAGUAUUCACGCCUCGCAUAUUUAAAACUCAUUGAACUUACUGCGAAAUAUAUGUGCAGACGGUGACGAAAUGAUUGGCUAUCGAGAACCACCCGCCGGCUGUCUCGUUUAUUUCAUGCUGUCGAUCGUAAUCAAUCUUUUCAUUGCGAUACUACGGAUAUCGGCACAAGAUGUGCAAAACAACAGCACAUUACCAACAUCAGUGCAUCGUUUCGAUGCCAACGCUCUCAUGAAUAUCAAAACGAGUGACGUAAAGACUAGCGAAAUUGCCACCACAUCUGCCAUGGAUGCAUACAAUCAGAAUGGAACGGAACUAGACUCGCACAAAUCCAUUACAACUUAUCAGCAUCAGAUGAGUGUGAAUUUAACCGGCGUUGAAAGUGCAGCACCAUCAACAUUCGUAGCGACGCCAUUGUCAAAACAGCACGAUACCAACACCGAAUUGAUGGGAAAUGAUGAUGGUACGGCUGUUGAUUUCGUUAACGAAGCAUUGGCAACCGUAAUUCCCGUGUCGACAGUUGUCUCUGCGAUGCCAAGUGAUGCUGUAAUCGCGCUGGCCACUGGAGCAGCAAAUCUUCAAACACCAAACCCAUUGCAACGAAGUAGAAACAAUACGAAAGCAACGGUCGUCUCACGGAAUCAACUGAGCUCACGUACCUCAAUUAAAUCGUCAUCACCAUUUGCAUCGGCAAACAAUAAUACAGCUCCGCAAAAAUUCCAUAAAACAGAUGCGCCCACGAUGUUGAAUUACAUUUUUGACUCGCAUCUAACGAACAAGCAUCGCCAUUAUGACCCAAGAUACGGUCCACAUUUCGAUGACGUGCAUGUUGCUGAAAAAGUCGGGAAUGUUUCUGCACAGGUCGGAAACAUCGCUUAUCUAAAUUGCCGGAUUCGUCUACUACAAGAUAAAACCGUAACAUGGUUGAAACGUGAACAGAAUAACGAUUACGAUAUUCAACUGCUAACGAUUGGUGUUCAAACAUACACGUUUGAUAAACGAUUUAGCGUCGAAUUCGAGUACCCAAACAACUGGCGUCUGCGAAUAGCCGACAUCAACAAAACCGAUGGAGGGCUUUAUGAGUGCCAAAUAUCAACACAUCCACCAAGGGCGAUCCGUACACGGCUCCAUGUCAAAGCUCCGGAAGUGUUGAUCGUUGACGAAUUCGAGCAACCGCUGGUGGACAAAUAUUAUGAAGUCGAUUCGACCAUUGAAUUGGUGUGCACUGUCCGACAUGUGUCGAUGCUGUCAUCCACUGUGUCUUGGCUACACGGAAACCAGAUGCUGAACUAUGAUAUGACACGCGGUGGCAUUAGCGUCAAAACAGACUUAAUGGAAAACGGUGCUAAUUCAACGCUAUUCAUAGCCAAAGUACGAAAAACGGAUACGGGCAAUUAUACGUGUUCCAUUGGACCAAAUGACUUUUACACGAUAAAUGUUCAGGUUUUAAAUGGCGAAAGUCUUGCCGAAUUGUAUCAUGGAAGUGCUGUGUCAUCACGCUUUGCGGCCGCAUCGCAAUAUUGGCUUGGAGUUUAUAUUCCCACAGUAAUAUUUAUUUUAAAUGGCCACUGUCAUCGCUUGAUACCGGAAUUACGUUCGCUCUGCUGAUAGAUGAAUUUUAUCGAAUUUGAAAAGUCAGAUGGGCGCUCCACACUUCCGUUCCUGUUUUCGAAAGGUGAACUUCGUUUAUUAUGUAUGCGAUUUUCGAUAUUUCGAAAAUAGAAGAAGAAAAAAACGUCGAAUAAUCAAAAAAAAAGAAACGAGGAAAAAUAUUAAUGUGUUUGCAAGCAAAGCAUAUAUUUUGAAUCAACGAGUAAAUUAAAAAUGGAUAAAAAAUCAUUUUCAACAACUAGGUGAAUAGGCUAGUAUUUAAAAUGAUAUAUUGAUAACAUUAUAUUUAAUUCAUUUUACAAUUAGACCUUUUGAUUGACCAAUGUACAUAAUAAUGAAUUUAUUUGACCUAUAUAUGAGAACGGAAUCGAGCGUAUUGUGAUACUGUGACACAAUUCAUUUUCAAAUUGGAAAUAUGAAGGGAAUUCAUUUAAAUGUGUGUGUAUCAAUGUGAAUGACAUUAUUAAAUAUUUGUACAUUAUUCAGAAGUUGCUUCGCUAAACGGACAGAAUAUAAACGAAAAUAUGGAAUAGUCAAUAAUUUAUGUAGGAAAAAAACAAUAUUUUGAUCCCCGAUAUCAAGUAAACAAACCCACGAAUUUCUCAUUUCAUCAAGAAAUAAAUGAAAUAAACACGGAAAGACAAAAUAAAAAAACAAACCAAUGAAACUGUAUGGAAUAUCAAAUUAACCGUUUUUGGCAUGUAAUUCUUAAGCCUUUCCGAUCGUUAGAUAAUGAAAAUGUAUGAAAUAAUCGGAUUUAUCCCCGUCGAAGAAAAGAUUUGGCUCGUGCCAAAAACACAAGCCACAAACAUUAUCGUCUUAUAAACUCCACCAACCACAUACAACUGCUAAAAGGUGUGGUUAUAAUCGGAAAGAGCGGUGGUGGAAAAAAUGAAAUGUACAAUAUCUAGCGUAAACUUGGCGAUGACACUUGAAUAUUCAGCACUUUUCUCAAUGAACAACAUUUUAGUUCGCGCCUCCGAUGUUUCUAUUCUAUUUUGCAUAACACUAUGUAACGAGCAAACAAUGAACAUACUGUGCAACGGUGAUAAAGAUAAUCUAUGUGAAAAGUUUUGGUUUUUUUCCUCUGCUUUUCCAUAAAAUAUUAUAUAAACUUACAUUCACGCGCUACCGUAUUAGUUGGUUAAUGCUGUGGAUGUAAUGAUCAUUUUCAUGAAUUACGAAAAUAUUAAACAGCAAAAGUUUUACCCACGCCAAAUCUCGGUUGCAAAAACAACAUUGCUCGAAAGUGUAUAAGCCUCAACAGAUGUUGAUAAAAAAAACUAAAAUAUUCACCAAAUUUUAAGCCAUAAAAACCCGCCACAUUUCCAUUUUUGGUGUACUCUCGAUAUUGAAGCAACAUAUCAUCAGCCGGAGCAUAUCCCAGAAAUAAAAACAAAACAGAUUAAACUAGAAAUAUUCCAUACUUUUCAAUCUGCAUUGACAAAUUCUCCGGAAAUGCUCCUUUGUGAAUAAAAUGAUAAUCUAAGAGUAAAAAACCAUAAAAAAACAACAACAACCAAGCACAGAUAGUGUACAGUGUUUUUUGUGAAAAAGACCUUUCAGAAAUAUAACGUUACAUAUUUAGUAUAUAUAGAUUACGCCAACACUGGCAACAGCAGAUACUCACUCCCCUCCUCUCAACCCCUCUAUCAACAGUGUAAAUGUACAAUACAUAUAUGCGCGCAAUCUAAGCAUUAAUUAGAAAGAUUGUUAUAAUUGUUCUUGCAUACUUGCUAGUGCUAAAUGCUAAACUAAACAUAUAUAUCACGUAGCAUUACAACACGAAACCCCAAUUUACGCAGCCCAGCAGGAGGAACUGAUACGAAAAUAUAACGAGUCCGAUUGUAUGUGUGUGUGGAGUGGGGUAUGCCUAUGUUUGGAAUUCCAAGAAAUGCUUUUACGGCUAGUCUUGGUUUUAAUGGAGCCAAUAAAUACUCUUUGUAACAAUUUACAAUUCGGACACGUUACAUUUUGGUGUUUGAUCCAACAACAAUCCCCGGAACGAUGCUAAGAAAAUCUAGCUUACAUGAUGCUCCCAUUGUCUCCAAACUUUACGUUUCAAACCACAUUUCGUGGAAUUCAGAAGAAAAAAAUUCAAAAUAUGAACAGAAAUCAGUGUUAAGAUAAAUAGAAAUAUCACAAAUUGACGAUAAAAAAUACUCUAAGCCUAAUUUUAGUUUGAAAAUACCACAAUUAAGGCCCAC